CCGUCCGCGCUGUGGGCGGGGCCGUGUGCGCGGACGGUACUUCCGUGUUUAUUCGGGAUGACGCUAACAACAAACUGUAGCGAGUCUGUCUUUAAAGUCACGCGUUUCUAACUUAUUUACGUCACGUUUUCAAAUACGGAACCGCUGCUAAUGCAGGCUAACACUGUUAGCAGCGGUGAAUGUGGUCCGCAUCGAGCGCGUUGGCUUCUGUUAGCUCACACAGCUGCUGGAAACAGAAUAGGUGAAGCUGGACAGGAACUUACGGUCAGUGUUAGCCGUUAGCUUGGCUCAAAGCUAACGAACAGAAUGAUGAAGCAGGAGUGACUGCGUGAAAACAGACGCCCUCCAGCAGACUGUUCUACAGACGUCCAACAUCUGCCGCUGAUCAAAGAAGAGCUUCACACUGAGAUGAUGACCCGUCCAGAUCAGGAGGAGCCAAAGAAUACUCACAUUAAAGAGGAACAGGAAGAUCUGUGGACCAAUCAGGAGGAAGAGCAGCUUCAUGACACGGAGGAGGCUGAUGAUGGAAAGUUCUCACUCACUGUUCAAGUGAAAACUGAAGAUGACCCAGAGAGUCCUGACAUCAAAGAGGAACAGGAAGAUCUCUGGACCAAUCAGGAGGUCCAUGGCAACAAGUUCUCGCUCUCUAUCGUCCACGUGAAGACGGAAGACGAUGAGGACGAACCUCAGUCCUCACAGCUUCAGGACAGCAGAGAGGCAGAGCCUCCAGACACUGAUGGAGAUGAUCAUCUUCACUCCGAUAAAGAAGACCACGAGACUUCAGACUCGUGUGAGACUGAAGACAGUGAGGAUUAUGAAAAGGAGACCAGAGCUCCUGACCAACGUCAGCCUCACAGACACAAACAGAGAGUUUCUACAGGAGAGAAACCGCCUGUCUGCGACGUCUGUGGGAAAAGAUUCACAACAAAGAGUGAAGUUAAGACACACAUGGUGGUCCACACUGGAGAGAAACCGUUUCACUGUGACGUCUGUGGGAAAGGAUUCACACGGAAAGGUACUCUUGAUGUGCAUAUGCUGAUCCACACAGGAGAGAAACCAUUCAUCUGUGGUGUCUGUGGGAAAAGAUUUAUAACAAAGAGUGAUGUUAAGAGACACAUGGUUGUCCACAGCAGAGAGAAACCGUGCAGCUGUGAUGUUUGUGGGAAAAGAUUUAUGACAAAGAGUGAUGUUAAGAGACACAUGAUGGUCCACACCGGAAAGAAACCGUUUCACUGUGACGUCUGUGGGAAAGGAUUCAUAAUCAGUUGUAGCCUGAAGAGCCACAUGUGGCGCCACACCGGAGAGAAACCGUUUCACUGUGACGUCUGUGGGAAGAAAUUCACUCACAAACGUUCUCUCAACAUCCACAUGACAAAUCAACAUGUUUCGUUAACCGCGUAGACGACGUCGAUGUUUCUGACUUCAUCAUGUUCAUUUCAAGUAUUUCAACUCUAGUGUCUGUCAUGGACAUUAGGGCUGGGCGAUAUGGACUAAAAGUUAUAUUUUUUACACGAGUUAUCGCCCAGCCCUAGUGGACAACGUCUGAAAGUACUUCUGUUAUUUAGUAGUAUUUUCAAACGUACUCAAACAUAAACAUGUUAUCAACAACUUACUGAAUUCAUCCUUACGUUCAAAUGUGUUGAGAUUAACCUCAGUAACACAAAGUGACCACAUGAGGCAGCACUGGACCAGCGGCUCACAUAGGUAUACUUUAGUUUUUCUCGUGUUCGUUUUUAUAAUGAGAAACAUUUUAUCCAUGUCAUAUUUUGUACUUUCUGAUACAGUGAUUUUAUCAUGUGUUUAUAUAUGUUUAUUUAUAUAUAUAUAUAUAUAUACACACAGUGUGUGUGUGUGUAUAUAAUAUAUAUAUAUAUACUGCAUACAUUUAUGUACAGUGGUAUGCAAAAUUUCGGGCACCCCUGUAAAUUUUCAGGAUUUUCCUUUAUAAAUCAUUGGUUGUUUGGAUAAGAAAUUUCAGUUAAAUAUAUCAUAUAGGACACAAACACAGUGAUAAUUGAGAAGUGAAAUAAAGUUUAGAUGAUUUACAGAAAGUGUGCUAGAAUUAUUCAAACAAAAUUAGGCAUGUGCAUACAUUUAGGCACCCUUGUCACUUUAUUGAUUUCAAUACCUUUAGCACUGAUUAUUGGAACUCAGUGACCUUUGACCUCCAUACACAGGUGACUCCAAUCAUGAGAAAGGGUAUUUAAGGAGGCCAAUUGUAAGUGUUUCUCCUCUUUGCAUCUUCUCUGAAGAGUGGCAACAUGGGAGCCUCAAAACAACUCUCAAAUGACCUGAAAAUACAGAUACAGAAAGUUAUCUCAGAGAUUUAAGCUCUCAGUUUCAACUGUAAGGAAGAUUGUGAGGAAUUGGAAGACCACAGGCACCGUUCUAGUUAAGGCCCGAAGUGGCAGACCAAGAAAAAUCUCAGAUAAGCAUAGGCGAAGGAUGGUGAGAACUCGAGCCGGAUUAACGCAAAGGCAAACUAGGCAAGUGCCUAGGGCCCGA